GUUUAAACUGUCGUAAAUACUCUACAUUAUUAGUUUUUCUUUUCUUUGCUUUUAUAACAAUUUCAAAACGAUGCAACAUUUUUAAUAAUACGUGACUUCUAGUCCCCGUUCUCAGUAUAGGCUGUUGGCAAGUUAAGGCAACGCGAGGUCUAUCGGAGAACCGGCAGUGUAAGGUGUUCUUUUAAAUAAAUUCUGUAAAGCGUUAAGUCCACCUUCACCUGUGUUGCAAAGGCACAAUGGACUCUAAGGCAGUUGUACAUGAGACUACUGCUUUGGCAUCUGUCAAGGUGGAAGAUGAAGUGCCUGAUGGUAUGCAUGUAGUUACUCUCCAGGAAUGGCAGUCGGUAGAAACAAAGGUUGAACAACCUCCACCCCCUACGAUCUCUCGUCCAUAUCAGCUUGAAAAUCUCCAGUGCUAUCAGUGUUUCAUCACCUUCUGCAGCUCUAAGGCUAAAGAACGGCACAUGAAGAAAAGUCACAGAGAGGAAUACAAAGCACAGUUACAGCAAGGUGACACAUUGUUCACUUGUUACGUGUGCGAGAGCACAUUCCUCUCCUCUAUAGAGCUAACACAGCAUCAGAGCACUCACACCAAAGAGGAAAAGCCCUUUAAAUGUGCCUCUUGUGAUCAGAGUUUCAAGACCUUUUCUGAAGUAACCACUCACCGGCGUACUGUCUGCCGUGAGAAACCAUGUCUUUGUUCGGACUGUGGCUACAGCUGCAAAACUAUGGCUUUGCUCAGAGCCCACAGACUGACGCACAAAGUUAAGGAUGAAAACACGGGGCAAGUCCAUGAGGUAGAGAAAACACAUAAGUGUGCCAAAUGUGGGGUGUUUUUUGAAAGUGAAAGUGAUUUAAUAGAGCAUCAAGAGAAUCAUGCUGGUGAAAAGCGAUGCAAGUCCAAUGGAGCUGUCAAUUUAAAUGCUGUGAAGCCAGGUCCAAAAAAACGUGGGAGGCCAUCUAAGGCCUCCUUACUAUCCAGCCAGGAGCAGCCAGACAACGACUGUAAAAAAGAAAUUAAAAGUGAAGAUAAAGAUGACCAAAAAAAGGAAGUCAAGCCAGGUAAACGCCCAAAAAUGAUCACUGGUAAAAAUACCAGUAUAGCUGUGGUGUCCAAAUCCAAAACUGGUCGCAGAGGGAGGCCACGCAAAGGAGCAGUUGUUAAUCCGAGUGUCUAUGUAUGUAAAGAGUGUGAUAAAACCUUUGCCUCCCGCACAAAGUUGAAAACACACCAGAGGUUCCACAAGGAGAAAAAAGCUCAUCCGUGCCAGGAAUGUGACGAGAGCUUUAAUAAGCCAGAGCAGCUGGCAGUACACCAGCAGAGGGCACAUGGAGGAGGUCGGCACACGUGCCAGGAAUGUGGGAAGAGUUUUACCCGGGAAGCAAAUCUGAAGGCUCAUGAAAAAAUGCACAGUGCUGCAGGUAACCAAACGGCUAGAUAAUUGUGUUCUGAUUUAGGAAGUUGUGACCAGGGCUGAGGAAUUUUAUUUGCUUUUAAUUACUGUAAAACCCUUUAUAUUAGCAGUCUGAAAAUUCACGUGUAUGUUACAAAAAGGUUUAAUUAAUAUAUGUAUAAGGUUUUGUCUUUCUUCUGCUUGUUAACAAGCAUAUUCAUUCCUGAAAAUUUGGAAAGCUUGUAUUUUAGCAUUUUUGUUGUGAUAAUUUCAGUUUUCUUUUUUUGUUAAAACACUUUAUGGAAAAAAAUGAACUUUGUGUCUUGUUUUUAUCAUUUUUUAAGAAAUAAUUAUGGUUAAAAGCAGCUUAUCGAAGGCAAGAUUGAUUUCUUCAGUUUUCAUUUUAAAGAAGUACAUGAGAUCAAUUAAAGUGAUUUUUUUUUUUUCCCCUGGUUGGUUUAAAGUUUUUUUUAAAUUGCAAUCAUUAUUACAGUGUAUCAUUGUCAGCUAUGAAUAUGUAUAUAUCAUUUCACUUGUGACCACAGAUAGUGUAGCUCCAUCAUUUGAAAAAUGAGGUCUAGUUUUGAUGUGAACAAAUACUUUUUCCCCCCCGAAAGGUAUUUUUGCCUUUUUAAAAUUAAAUUUUCAAGACAAAAGAUGGACUUUUACCCUGAUUAAUAAAGCCUUUUCUGCUGUAUGUUGCCACUUGUAGCUUCUGGUUGCUCAAAAUAAGUUCACUUCACUUGUCUUCAAAUGACACUUUGGAUCAGUGAAAUAAAACUGCCUUGAAUUCAAGACGAUUCUACUCCACAUACAGCAGUAAUUGAAUGUUAUUUUAGCUUUUUUAAAAUGUGUGGCAUAAAAGGGUUUUACAGUAUUUUAUCAUCUGUUUUAAAGAUUGGCAUCAAGCAGACAUACAUUGUUGCUACAGGGACUUUAUCAAGGAUAUCUUUCUGAAAUAUAAGUAGAGUCCAGUUGUUUUCUGUCCUGCAUUUAAUUUUCAUGCCACCAUUGUGUUGUUAAUGUCUUUGUUUAAAUUGAACCUUUAACAAAUUCUCCACGAAUCAUCUGGUUACCAUAAUACUACGUCAAAUGUGUUUAGAAAAAUUACAUAGAAAAAGAAGGUUUCACAAUACAGUGCCUCAUUUGGCAUAAGGUGUUAGUUUACCCUGAUUGACACUUGUUUUGGCAUUUUUACUGUGUGUGACUCUUGUUGUGCUCAGCCCACAAAUACUUUAUAAUCAGCUUUUUAUCGUGUAAUGAGAUCUGUCCUUAAUAAAAAUGAUUAAGUGAGCAUGGGAAAGAUUGAUAAAAAGCCAUUUGUGAAGCUGAUAAUUCAAGUCAAGGAGAAAACACCAUAGACUGUACUGUACUCUGCUGUACUGCGCAGUCUUGGGAUGCGUGUUCAUUCCACUUUGUUUUUACUCCCAAAGUACUCACCUUCAAAAUUAUGCAGAUUAAGGCUUGUAUUUUUUUUACUCUACUGUAAACCCAGCAGUUUUGUGUAAAUGUAUGAUAUUUAGUUUACACUUCCUGCAUUUUCAACUUUAGUGCACCAUGUUUUGUUAGAAGAAUUGAAAAGCUGUAUUUUCUUAAUUUGAAUUAAUUUAAUAAUAAAGUGAAUAACAGUAAA